AUAGCGGAGACUUGUGUUAACUCAGCUGCCAUGCUUAUCUCCGUGUGUGUGUGUGUGUGUGUGUGUGUUCAUGCCACUCUAUUUCAGAUUGCAGCUUCACCCUCGCAGUGACAGUGAGACUCUGAGCUUUACUUUUUGGCCUCCAACUAUCUAUUCUCCGGAGUUUGACACACACACUUUCUCUCAUUGGAUGUAUUUUCCAUUCAUAAAGGAAGCCAUCGGAAGGUUCACAGUGUCACUGUUGGGGGUUUUGCUUCUCCUGGUCUCGUGUCUCCUGGUCGGGAUCUUCUGCUUGACCUUUGACCCUCGUCCUUAUGGCUCUCUCCUCGCGCUUAAAGCUCUGGGAGCAGAAGAUAAAGGAGGAGAAGAAAGCUCCAGAGGCCGCCGCUCAGCCUCCUCCUCCACUGUCUGCUGUUCCUGGAGGAUUCCUCAAGCAGCUGGUCCGAGAAACCGAGAAGGAGACGCGACACCGAGAGCCCGAAAUCAAGGAAGACAAACCGCCCAGCAAACUCAGCGACAACCUAGUCCAGAAUUUCCUUCUUCCCGAUGAAACUCCGCCGAUUCUGGAGGCCGAGAUGUCGCUGCGAGCGGAGCAGCCGGUGAACGGGGAGCGCGGACGGCACAUCGCUAUGUCAGAGAAGAAGACGUCUUCACCCAGGAGGAUCAUCUCACCCGAAAACCCCAAAAGCCCCAGAGCAGAAACACAGACCUGCAGUCCUGAGGUCAGUCCAGACACACACACACCGCAGAAGGAGGAGCAGGUGAAGAUGCUGCAGGAAGCCCAACCCCCGAAACAGGAAGUCAAGGGCGUAAGACAGGAGCCGGAGGGUCAGAUCACUGUUACUCAUAUGAAGGAGGAGAGCAAGGUGCCUGUGAAGGACGUGUGGUAUGAAGCUGGACAGGUGUGGUUCACUCACAAAGACGGGUACACACUCGCCACUCAGCUGAAGCCGGACGAGGGCACGCCGGAGCUCCCCGACGGCCGCGUGAGGGUUCGACUCUCCUCUGAUCAGUCCAUUCAUGAUGUGUCCCAGUAUGAGAUCGAAAAGCUGAAUCCACCUGAGCUGGACCUGUGUGAGGACCUGAGUGACCUUGUUAGUGUGAAUGAGUCGAGUGCACUUCACACUUUGAGCAGUAGAGCUAAAGCUCAUCUACCGCUGACCCACGCCGGACCCAAUCUACUGGCCCUUUGGCCUCCAGUGUCUUCAUCCACCAAGAGUUUUCGGAGCCGGCGCUGGGAGUCCUGGGAAGCCCCUGGCCCGCUGCAGGCUGUGGUGAGGAAGGUGUACGUGUCCAUGCUGGGUCAGCGGAGGGACCAGACACUGGUGGCUUUGGGUCGCAGCGGCUCAGGGAAAACCACCGCCUGUCAAUCAUUCUCCCUGGAGCUGCUCAAACAAGCGGGAACAGCAGGAGGAAGCCUGACCUUAGAGCGUCUGCAGGCAGUGUUUACAGUGCUGCGUUCGUUCGGUUGUGUGAGCUCAACUCACAGUGAGGCCUCGUCUCGAUUCGCCAUGGUGCUGUCUGUGGACUUCAACCACGCUGGACUCGCUGCUGCCGCACAUCUGCAGACGAUGCUGCUGGAGAAGUGGAGGGUUUGCCAGCGGCCGGAUGGAGAGAGUAACUUCCUGGUUUUCUCCCAGAUGCUCUCAGGCCUGAGCUCAGAUCUGAGGACUGAGCUGCAGCUGCAUCAGUUAAAGGAACACAACUUUUUUGGAAUCACAUGUCCGACCAAGGUAUAUAAACAGUUUAAAUGACAAAAAAAAUUACAUUAAAGUAAGAUUAAGUUUAAUAA